GUGACCCUGCCACCUCAUCGUGUCUCCAGUCAUGUGGGCAUUAGUGGCAAUCAUUCCGGAUCGCACCAUGCGCCUUCAGUAUGAUGCAGCCCGCUCUGGAAUACGGCUGGAAACAUGGGAGUCGGGCUGGAAUCGUUGGACCAGCGGCUGAAAGAUUUCGCCAUGCAGAAUUUGGACAGGAAGCUGCGCUGUUACAGCGGACACCAGUUGCGGCAGGACCUGAAGAAAUGCCUGUUCAAAGUACAUCACGAGUUUCGCACGGGUAAAGCCAAAGCCAAAGGCAAGGGGCAGGUGGAUACUGAGCCAAGUUGGAAGCCUCCCUCGUUUGACAAGAGCCAAGUUCGUUUGCUGAUAUUCCGAGAUGUUGAGCCCCAGGGGAAGAAACUCCUGUUUGAUUCCAAGGCCAUCAGAGUUGUGCAAGAUAACGAUGAGUCUGACAGUCCGUGUCGAGUGUUUGGGGCGGGAAAGUUCGCCCAGCCUGUCACUCGUCAGUCCAGUAAGGAUGGGUCAACACCACAGGGCGGUACUGGCUUCAAGUAUCAGUACCUGAGACCAGGAUCAGAUGUCAAGCUGUUGGGAGAAAUGAUGUUUGGAUCCAUCGCGCUGUCCUACCAGGGUUCUACCUUAAAGAUCCACAACAUCAGAGUUCCUCCACAGCUGAUGCUGACCAAAGUCUUCACAGUUAAACCAGUCAAGGAGGCUUCGCUAGAGGACAGUUGUGACAGCCAGGACCUUCUGACAGGACCGAAGACCAUCCUGAACCUGUCUAACCGCUCCAGUGGCAGUGCCUCCGUGGCCCACAGUAUGCCCAUGGCAGUACCCAAAUCACCAGGCCCCGAGAACCAGAGGGAAGAUGAUGACAGUGGCAUUGUGGCAUCAGCUGCAUCUAACAGCAGCCUGGUGACCCCGUUCCCCUCCCCAAGCUCUUCCUUCUCUAGCACAAACUCCAACAGUUUCCACCGACGCUUCAUGCGCAGCCAGGCCACCAGUAUGGAGUAUGGGCUCAUGCGAAGAUGUUCAGGGGACUUCUCUGGAUUCUCCAACAACGAUGACUCGCUGUCGUCCCCUCCCUCCUCUGGGUGCAGUCGAGGCCGGAGUCCAAAGAUCGGCGUCGCUGUAAUUAUCUCACUGCCUGAGUCUGACGAGGAGAGCAGCAGACAAUUCCAGAAGUUUUUCUUCUCCCACUUCACCCUGCUGGAAACCCACAUGCACAAGCUGAGGAUGGGAGUGGAGCGCGCGCUGAGGAAAACUUCACAGUACUUCAUACAGAGGUGUAUAGAGGCAUUAGACACAUUCCGCGAGGAUGUGUGGCACCUGUACACGGCAGUGAGAAUCCAGGAGCCCGUCUGGCUCAACAUGAUGUCUUACUCCAAGCAACGACGGCAACUGGUCGAACACUUCCUACAGGAACUCAUCGUCACCAUGGACCACUGUAACAACAAAACCAACAACUAUUUCCUGAGCACAUUGCUGACCGCGGUGCUGACUCAUCACCUGGCGUGGGUUCCCACGGUUACACCGGCAGGUGCCACGCCCCCCAGCAGGACAUACCUGGACAAACACUCAUCAAAAACGCUGGACAUGCUAGCCAAGACCCACCCCUAUAAUCCACUUUGGGCACAACUCAGUGACCUGUAUGGUGCAAUAGGCUACCCCAUCAAACUCGCGCGGACGGUGGUGACUGGGAGGAAGGCAGAACUCGUCAAUCGGCUUCUCUACCUGCUCAGCUACUUCAUUCGCUGCAGUGAGGUCCAUGAGAAUUCGGAGGAACGUGACGAAACAGGAGAAAGUGCGGGGAAACCCGAGCUCCACUCGUGCCUGGUGUGUGGGGAGGAGAGCGGUGCUGAGUACGUUCUCGUGUCAAAAGAGGAGGAAGGUUUCGCUUCCAUGAUCGACACUGGCUGUUCUUCCGACGCAGACGAAGCGAACGACAGACGGAUGCCCGACGCAGCCAACAGGCUGACUCCGCAGAGGAGAGACUCGAACGAGAGUAACAACAACACUGUGGUGUGUCGGGAGUCUCCUACUGAACUGCAGGAGGCCAGGCUGGAAAACGUCUCACACGUGCAGAGAAUUUCCCCAAGAUUCGAGAGGACGUCGGACACGUUAGUUGAUGCAGCUAGCAGCAGCGUGCUGUCAGUAGGUAAGGAGGGCGGCAUGGUGUCACCAACACGGCAACUAGACGAGCAAGAGAGGUACAGAUACGCCAGGAUGGCUUCUAAAGAAGGGAGCAUCAGCAUGCUAGAUGAGUAUUUUGAUGGAGAGACUGAAGCGAAAACGAUGGACGACAUUCAGGACGAGUUGAUCAGGCAGUCUCAGGAAGAACAGAGGACGGCCUGUGAUGGACACGGAGAAUCAGACAGGCACUUGGAGGAUGCGCAGAGGACUGCCCUGUCAGACUUAUCCAGACCUGUAACGUUAGAAGGAAUAGACAUUUGCGAGGUAGAGUCGCAUGGAAGAGCGUUGCUCUCUCCUGACGCCCUCAGCCCUGUCGACGAAGUGCCUACACCUGUUGUGUCGUGCGCGGGCACACCUGUUGUUGUUUCACCUGUAUCAGGUGCUGCAACACCUGCCACGCUCUCCCCAAGAACUUCCCCUGCGCCCACAGUGGUUCCCAAGGAAGGUGCGGUAAUUUCCACACAGGCUUUCACGGACGCCAUGUUUGAAGGCUCCACUGAUAGUACAAUCACAAACACUAGUUUUACCACUAGCUGUGAGAGUGCUCGGACUGCCACGCAAACACCUGUGCAGGUGGAGCAGACGGAGCAAACGGAUGGAGUUUUCAGUUGGAAAGAGGGAGAGGAAGAGGAGGCUGGGGUGUCUGACUUGCCGGAUAGGAAAAUGUCCUAUUGCAGUUCUCAUGGAGAUCAACAGGAGGCUCUGCCAGAUGACCUCCCCAUGCCAAGGUCUAAAUCAGUGCAGAAUCCUCAGCAGAGAUUGGAGUCUAACUUCGGAAGGUCUCUCCUAGCUGGCUACAGUGAGAAGUACCUUCCCGACUUUGUCCUGCUGGGGACGGGUGAUGCUGACUUCAGGCAGCAGCUACAGACAGACCUGCAACUUGCCACACAGACAUCAGUUCUCGACGAACCAAUCGCAGAGGCCGUCUGCAUCGUGGCGGACACAGACAGAUGGACUGUCCAGCUGUACUCCAGCCAGAAGAGGGGCGACAAGCCUGCUGCUGAUGUCAUGGGGUCAUCUCAGGUCAGCGGUAUCCUGCAGUCCGUGGCCAACCUGUACAGACUCAAGAUGCCGGCCGAGUUUUGCCUGAUGCAUCUUGAGGACCGUCUCCAGGAGUUGUUCUUUAAGAGUAAGAUGUUAGCGGAGUACCUGAGAGGUCACACAAGGGUCACCAUCAAGGAGCUGUCAGCGUGCGUGGGGAUUGAGUCGAGCGACCUUCCUCUGCUGACAGCGGUGGCCAGCACCCACUCCCCUCACGUGGCCAUGAGUCUGGUCUGAACCACUCCAAACCAGACCAAACCGGUUGCAGCUGGAUUGAACCAGUCCAAACUGCUUAAAGCUGGAUCAAACCAGUCCAAACCAGUUGAAUCUGGAUCAAACCGGUUACAGCUGGAUCAAACCAGUCCAAAACCGGUCACAGCUGGAUCAAACUGCCUGCUGCUAUGUGCCUCGUCUGGACAAGUCCAAACUUCUUCCAGCUGGAUCCAACCACUCUCCCAUCUCCAAAGUAUUGUUAAGCUUACAGUAAUACGACUCUUGUACAUCUUUACCAUGUAAACUACUGUAUAUCUACUAUGUGGCCAGGUUUUAUUUUGUACAAAGCCUGGUUUGUUGGUAAAAAAACAGUUGGUACUGAUACACUGGACACACUGUACAUCCUCGAGUGUUCUUUUCAGGUCUUCCAGGGCAGAUUUUGGUGUUCUUGUCUGUGCCAAAAGGAACAACACAGGGCAUUGAAAGCAUUGACUUGUCAGACACAUAACUUGGUGUUGUGAGGUAAAAUGUACACUUACAUGUACCAAAGGGCUCUUUGAUAGUCACAUUUUGAUACGUUUUGUAAGAAGUGGGCAAACUGCCAUCACCUGUCCAUGUCUCGUGCCCCAGAAAAAAAUGACGUGCCUUGAAAAGUUCUGUCGUUCGUGUCCAUCCCACCAUUUGUACCUAACACACUCUGUGAUUGGCCAAAGUACAUCACAUGACACACGACCUUUAACCUGGAUGUAGUAAUUUUGACACUGGUACAUUUUGUACUCUGGUAUAUGUAAAGAAUUGCCAAUAUACAUUGUAAAAUGGACCAUGGAUAUCUGUAUCCACCCAAAGAAUUACUAUGCAAUAUCUUUUACUUGUUAGCCAGAAAAGUCGCCAAGACAUAUGUCAUAUAUUGUUAUUGUUAACAAAAAAGUGCUGGCAGGAGGUCUGAAUAGUGUUUGGGUAGGGAAACUUGUAUAUUUGUGUACAUAUGGAAAACUGUGCCCCUGCCAUGUUCUGUAUCUGAGACAGAGAGAGAAGCUACUAAUACUGAGAAUCCAUGACUUUUGUCAGAUGUUCCAAGCCCCCCAUUUUGAAAUUUGGGACUUGUUCGAGCGAUAUACUAAGUUGAAAAAAAUACAACGGAAAUGUAAAACAAUCCUAUGGAUGUCAAGUUGCCAUAGAUGCUGAGAUUUAGUAAGAGACGUUUGGCAAAAAGUGGAGGCCUUUGGUUGUGAGAUAAGAAAAGCUUUGGCUUGUUCGUGCCUGUAAGUUGUAAUUUCUCUGUAAAUCGACCUGGCAUUGCAAUGAUUUGAAAUCUUGAUGGAUUCAUCCUGAGUUGUAUUAAGUUGUGUUUUAGUUAUGAAGCAAACCUGAAGUUGCAAUCAAGAUUGAUGCUUACACCAUUGCAAGCACAGUUCACACUGUCCAAGACCACAUGAACCAUAAAAUCUGGUCUAUGUGGACUUAAUGGUUGUGUCAAUGGGAAAAUUGUCCAAGAUUUUGGUGGUCACAUUGGCCAAGUAAUUCCUAUGGUCAUAUGUACAGGUUUGAGACUGUAUUUCUUUUGACACUAAGUUGUUGCAAUGUGUUAAACUUUCAAUGUCCUUAGAAAAGAGGAUGACAUGAAAAGUUUGGUCAGUUGUGGUGGCAAAGUUGACAAUUGUUAAUUCUUACCUAUAGUACACAUGUAUGUCCUUUAGUUUCUUAUGGUGAAGCAUAAAUAAUACCUCAGAUGGUGUAAGAUUUUUGUACAAAGUGGGGGAGGCAGAUCUAUGUGCAAUGGAUGUGUAAAAUUGCCUGGGAUUGAACAUGUAACGUUACGUGUUCAUGUAAGUGUAGUUACUGUACAGAGGUGAGGAGGAAAAUAACUUAUUUGGAAAUAAAGGCAUUUCACUUAAUAGA